AUGGCCACUCAUUUGAAGAACAUCGACACGCAGAUCAGCCAGAUUUCCCAGACUGUGAGUACUAUUACUCAACCGGGAAAGUUUCCUUCGAACACCAUUAUAAAUCCCAAAGAUUGCAAAGCUGUGCAGUUGAGGAGUGGAAAAAGUUAUGAUGGACCUGCAAUGCCAUCAGAGGAUAGAGUAACAGAAAAGGGACCUGAAGAGGAGGAGUUAGUCGAGGAAGUUGAGACCGAGAUAGUACAUAUUACUUCCCCACCUAAGGAGAACAUGGCCCCAACUCUACCUACACCACCUGCAGCAGCUUACACUCCCACUGACGUGAGGAUUCCCUAUCCUCAAUGUGUGCAGAAGAAGAAGACAGAUGCACAGUUCUCGAGAUUCUUGGAUAUAUUUAGGAAGGUGCAGAUAAACAUCCCAUUGGUGGAGGCACUACAGCAGAUGUCGAGCUAUGCCAAGUUUCUGAAGGAUGUGGUUUCCAACAAGAGGAGAUGGAUGGAGUAUGAGACGGAGAAUUUGACUGAAAGCUGCAGCGCCAUUAUUCAGAAGAAGUUGCCAGCUAAACUGAAGGAUCCUGGAAGUUUUACCAUCUCUUGCAUAGUGGGAGAUUUUCAAGAAGGGAGAGCGUUAUGUGAUCUGGGGGCGAGUAUCAACCUGAUGCCCUAUUCAUUCUUCCAGAAAAUGAAGAUUGGAGUGCUUAGACCCACUACUAUAUCACUACAGAUGGCUGAUAGAACGAUGUCAUAUCCAAAGGGGAUCGUUGAAGACAUACUUGUCAAGGUCGGGGAAUUUAUUUUUCCAGCCGACUUUGUAGUACUUGAUAUGGAGGAAGAUAGACACAUCCCACUUCUUUAA